AUGACGAGUAAAGAAGUGGAUGUCAGUGCAGUGAUGACGAGUAAAGAAUUGGAUGUCGGUGCAGUCAUGAUGAGUAAAGAAGUGGAUGUUGGUGCAGUGAUGAUGAGUAAAGAAGUGAAUGUCGGUGCAGUGAUGACGAGUAAAGAAGUGAGUGUCAGUGCAGUGAUGACGAGUAAAGAAGUGUGUGUCAGUGCAGUGAUGACGAGUAAAGAAGUGAGUGUCAGUGCAGUGAUGACGAGUAAAGAAGUUAUUCCAGUGGAUCCUACAACUUCUUCUCCUACUGAACUCAAAGAUCAAGUGAUAUAUGUUCUACCACGAAGCGAUGGGCAGGCUGGAGUUUUAAGGAACAUCACAUCAUCAUCAGAUGAGAUUGUUUUGUGGAAGCCUGACUCACCUGAACACAUUGAAAAGAACAAAGAAGUUCAUUUCUAUGUAAAUGCAUCCCUUGUAGAAGAGGUCAAAUCUCAGCUGACGGAAUCUGCAAUCUCAUACACAGUGUUGGUUCAGAAUGCCCAGGAGCUCAUUCAUCAACAAACAUACAAUGACACUACUGGCCAACGCAGCUCCGCCUCCUACUAUGAGCAAUAUCAUUCACUAGAUGAUAUAUAUUUCUGGAUGGAACAAAUGGUAGACAAACAUUCUGAUAUGUUAGAGAGAAUUCACAUUGGAAGUUCAUAUGAAAAGCGUCCACUCUAUGUACUAAAGCUCUCUGGCAAAGGUAAAAAAGAUACGUCAAAUGCAAUAUGGAUUGACUGUGGAAUACAUGCAAGGGAAUGGAUCUCUCCUGCUUUUUGCAUGUGGUUUAUUGGUCAUGCUAUCGGCUUCUAUGAUGUGGACCAACAAAUGACAAAACUUUUGCAACAUACUGAUUUCUAUGUAUUACCAGUAAUGAAUGUAGAUGGAUAUCAAUAUUCAUGGAAUACCAAGCGGAUGUGGAGAAAGAAUCGCUCUAAACAUCCACAUAGCAACUGCAUCGGAGUAGAUCUUAAUAGGAACUUUGACGCAGGGUGGUGUGGAUCAGGAGCCUCCGGCAAUCCUUGUGAUGAAACAUACUGUGGCCGUUUUCCAGAAUCUGAACCUGAAGUGGCUGCAGUGACUAAUUUUAUCAGACAAAAUACAGACAUAAUAAAAGGUUACAUAACAAUUCACUCUUACUCCCAGAUGGUGCUCUUCCCAUAUUCCUAUAAAAAAGAGAAGUCCAAAGAUCACGAUGAGCUGGCACAACUUGCAAAGAAAGUAAUUGAUGUCAUCAAGCAAACCACAAGAAACAGAUAUGUAUCUGGCACAGGAGCAGAUACUAUUUAUUUGGCUCCCGGUGGUUCUGAUGACUGGGCAUAUGAUUUGGGAAUUAAAUAUUCUUUCACCAUCGAGCUUCAGGAUAAAGGGACUUAUGGAUUUUUGCUUCCUCCAAAGUUAAUAAGACCAACAUGCAGUGAAGCUCUCACUGGGAUUAAAAUAAUAUCUGCAUAUAUUGUGAAAAAUAUGUAA